AUGUUUCAAGCAUUGGGUUGGUACUAUGUAAUCAUCUCAAUGUUUAUGCGUUUAUUCUUCCAAGGAACACAAUCUAUCUAUACUACUUUCAAUUCAUUAGGUUCCAUCGUUUGUACAUUGCAAGUAUUUGCAUUCUUGGAGAUUGCACAUGUUUAUUUCGGUAUUGUAAAGUCAAGUUUGUUGCCAACAGUCGUUCAAGUACUCUUUAGAAAUCAAGUACUUCUCGGAUGUCUACUCUAUGUACCAGAGGCACAAGUUCAUUGGGGUGUCACUCUAUUGUUUUUCUUCUGGGGUGUUUCAGAGUUGAUUCGUUUCCCAUUUUACAUUGCUCAAGCCUAUGGUGAUUGUCCACCAAUUUUAACUUGGUUAAGAUAUAAUGCAUUCAUUAUAUUAUAUCCAAUUGGUUUCGCAGCAGAGAAUAUUCUUUAUUAUGUAAUGAUGCCAUACAUUUUAGUAAGAAGAGUACAUUUCUGGGAUAUGCCAAACUAUCUUAACUUUUCUUUCAACUACUACUAUUUCUUAUUGAUUUGGAUUGGUAUUUCACUCCUAGGAUUCCCAAAACAAUACUUAUAUAUGUUUACACUUAGAAAGAAGAAGAUGUUAGAGUCAAACAACGAGUCAUCAUCUAACUCAAAAAAGAUUCAAUAA